AUCUACGUUGCAGAAGACGAUAGAAGAUCAGACAAUCUGUCAGUUUAUUCGAGUCCCGACUUUCCAUUCAAACAUUAUUGCAAAUUACGGGAACAGCAAGUAUUUCAAUACUGUUUAAUGAUUACGUCUGUGUGAUUCGUGCAUAAAAUAUGAAAGGAUGUCGGUCUCACUUGAUAUCCGCCUCAAGAAACCUAGCAAGAUUUAUAGAGAAGGAGAAUCUGUCAGUGGCAUUGUAGUCAUAUCUUGCUCAACAGAGACCCGCCAUGAAGGUGUAAACCUAACCAUUGAUGGAAUUGUAAACCUUGAAUUGAGUUCCAAAUGCAUUGGACAGUAUGAAUCUUUCUAUAAUUCUGUAAAGCCGAUUCAGCUGGUGCUGAAUACCUUUGCAAUUUGCAAGGGAUCUGGAAAAUUUCCUCAUGGAACAACAGAAAUUCCUUUUAUGUUUACCCUUCAGGGUAGUCAGACAAAAGUUCUAUAUGAAACCUAUCAUGGUGUAUUCAUCAAUAUACAAUACUUCAUUAAAGUGGACAUGAAGCGUGGAUUAUUAGCCAAAGAUCUUGAGAAGUCCUGUGAAUUUAUUGUAGAGUCUUCAGGCAAGAUGGCUGAAAAGGCCACAGCAAAACCUAUUGACUUUGUCAUUGUCCCUGAAUCUGUUCACAAGCUAAAAAGCAAAUACAAUGUGCCAAAUUUCAAAAUAACUGGCAAAAUUGACUCGCUAGUUUGCAGUAUCUCCAACCCAUUCACCGGAGAAAUCACUAUUGAAUCCUGUGAUGAAAAAAUCAAAUCAAUAGAAGUUCAGCUAGUCAGAAUAGAGACGUGCGGUUGUGCAGACGGUUAUUCAAAAGAUGCCACCGAGAUCCAAAACAUUCAAAUUGGAGAUGGUGACGUUGUACGAAAGAUACCCAUACCUAUUUAUAUGGUUUUUCCACGGCUCUUUACUUGCCCAACAUUGAGCACAGCAAAUUUCAAACUCGAGUUCGAAGUCAACAUCUCGGUUGUGUUUGAAGACAACCACCUGGUUUCCGAAAACUUUCCAAUAUACAUCACGCGGUUUUAGAUGAAACACUCCAACACGGUUGAGAGAGAAAACGGGAACUAUCGUAAACUAUCAUUCCGUUGUGAUCCACAUUUCUUGUACUGUCUCAAAGAGUUCCUUUCGCUAAUGACUCACGAAAUCGAUAUGCACAAUUAAAUUCCGAUUGUUAUUUUGAAUGAUUCUUUUAUAAUAAGCCAGUGGGCUUGAAUGAUUAAACCAUGAUUGAAAUAAAGAAAUGUUCGGUGA